UUUUUCUUACUCUAAUCUUUUCCUACUUAUUCCUGGAUGUAAACUUUCUCCAUAGAAAUUUCCAAGGAAACGAUAUUUCUUAUAUUGAAGAAAAUAUAUGGGCAUCGUACCGUUGGACUGAGAAACUAAUUCUCAGCGAAAAUCGCCUUACUGAAUUACAUAAGGAUACAUUUGAAGGACUCCUAUCCCUUGAAUAUUUAGAUUUGUCCUGCAAUAAAAUACAGUCAAUUGAAAGACGCACAUUUGAAUCAUUACCUUUUCUGAAGUUCGUAAACCUUGGUUGCAAUUUAAUCACAGAACUGAGCUUCGGAACAUUCCAGGCAUGGCAUGGGUUGCCGUUUUUACACCACAUAGUUGGGGUUUAUCAUGAAUGUCUGGCUUUCUCCUUCAGAGAUAUGGGAACAACACAAGUGCAACUUACGACAGUUGAGAAUGUCCUCAUGUUGACCCUUUCCUUGGAAAAACUGGUCUUACCUCGCAAUAUGGCCAGCUGCCUCUGCCAAUUUAAAAACAAUAUUGAGGUUAUCUGCAAGACGGUCAAGCUACAUUGUGACAGUGACUUGCUGACAAAUAACACACACUGCCUUGAAGAAGAAUCCAUAGGGAACGCAGAAGGAACAUUCAUGAAGGUGUUAAAAUCCCGGAAGAAGAAUACCAGCACCGAACUCACUAUUGAACCAGAAAGAGAAUAUUCCAACAAAAAUGACAUUACCCACUCAGGACUCAUGAAUGAACAGCCUGAAAUUACUGAUGGGAGUGAUCUUUUUACUGCACUAAGAUACAUAUUGGCCUAUUUCACACAGGGAAAUGUAGGAGAUAUACAAUCUACAGAAUUACCACUCAUUAAACUGCUUUUCUCCAAUGUACAAAAUGGAGAUACCUUCAUAAAUUAUUUAAAAGCCAAUAUGGAGAUUUCCCCAAUUAUACAGGCAUCAGACUCCUCCAUUUCCAAACCUACAUUAAAUGACAUUCAUAGGGUAGAAAAUCUGAUAGGUACAGAAAGGCAGAGAAAAUAUAACAAUGUUAAAAAGAAAGAGAAAGCAUCAGUAUUCAUGCAACCUCAAAUUUUAGGUCCUAAACUUAAACGGCAAAUCUUUCCCCAAAAAAUGCCAAGUGUUGAACCACAGGAAGGCAUCUGGGAAGAAAUGGAGAAUGAAGAGGAAAGACUGCCAAGCCUCAAUAGAAUCCUCGAGGGGCCAAAAGGCAAACAGAAAAGACACUUCAAGGAAGGGAAUAAACAGAGCUCCUGGAUGAGACAGAGUGCCCAGAAUCUUGUGGAGAGUGGUGGUAAAAGAAAGAGGUUUAGGAGACCUCCAACAAGGGAGCUGGGGCCACUUCAUGGGGCUCAGGAGCCCAAGAAAAUGGUGGGAAACUCCUUGCCCACAGAGUCCUCAUUCAUAAAGAAACUUAAGGCAGUAGCCUCUUCUUUGCAGAAACAAGACUCAGGGGGAAAGGCCUCCUUAUCCACCAUUGUAAAACCCCUACGUGAGGUCGGAAAUAAAGACAAAGACUUAGCCGACAGCAUGUUUAUUUUAGAAGAAGCAAAUUCUAGAGUUAAAAGCAUGGAGGCUUCUAAUCCAGUCAUUUAUUCCCAGAAAACAUACCAAUCUCCCGUGGCCCACAGAAUACCCAGGGCCAAAAUGAGUCAAAAGUUCAGAAAGAAAAUUUCACGCUUUAGACCAGUGCCUGCAAACAGGCCUCCAUUUUCUGCAGUAAGGAACCUCAUAAAUUCCCCUUCAGGAGGGGACUUUUCAUCAUGGGGACAGCCGAUUUCGAGGGAGAACCCUUUUCUAGAAUUCAAUGCUCUUUCAAAGCCUUCUGGAGACAGCACUCCUGUAAAACCCCAGAUUGAAACAAAUGCUGGGGUAGGAACUACUCCUGCACAAAACAUCCCUGUGCCAGAAGGAAGGCUCCCUAAAAACACAAUUCAGGAAAAUCUUCCUGCUCCAGAAUCCACUGUGACUGCACUAAAUGUAAUUCCAUCUAUUCAACAAAACAAGGAAACACAAUGGGAAUAUCUCAAGUCUGGAACGGACUCAACUCUCAAGGCCACCAUCACCCAUUCCCAUUCUCCAUCCUUUUCUGAUCACUUUGAAAUGCAGUUAAACCAGCAGCUGAUGCCUCUUGUUCCCGAUAACGAUGUGAGGAGGCUCCUGUCCCAUCUCAUCCGGACCUUGAAAAUGGACUGCUCUUCAAUUGAAGUACAGAUACCCUGUUCCAAGCUCAUCUCCAGAACAGGCCUGCUGAUGAAGCUUCUCAGUGAACAGCAAGAAGUCAAGGUGUCAAGAGCUGAGUGGGAUACGGACCAAUGGAAAACAGAUAACUACAUCAAUGAGGCCACUGAAGUUCAAGGUGAACAGAAGGAGCCAAGUGAGCUAACACAGGAAAUUCCGGGAUAUGGCUAUAACAACAAAAUCAUCUUGGCAAUAUCUGUGACUGUAGUAGUAAUGAUUUUGAUUAUUACUUUCUGUCUCAUUGAGAUUUAUUCCCACAGAACGUCAGCAGAAGGAAGUAAAGAGUCCUCACGGAGCUUUUUUGGAUUUCUGCGAAGGAAAUGCUCAUCAGAAACAAGAAGUCAGGAGGGCUUCUUCUCCUUAUGGCAGCCAGUUUGGCUGAGGGAUAUGUACAGACCUCUCAAUGCCACACGCAAGAAAAACAUGGCCAACAAGCUACAUGACAGGGACUCUUCUGAUGAGGAAGAGAUUUUCAAUAAGAAGGAAAAAGGGGAGCCCAGUGACACCAUCAUAGAGAUUCCACCAUCACCACCACCACUAGCCUCAUCACCUCCUCCUCCACCUGCUGAAACUGAGACCACUGGUGAUCCUGGGUGUUGUGGUGCUGUGCUUGCCUCAUAACUCUGAGACUUUUACACUGGGAUCUCUGCAU